UGAUCGUUUAUUGCAUGUCAGCGACUCGAAAACAACUAAUUUCUCUUCUUCGGGGCCAGAGCACGUGGUCCACAGCUGCAGGUUUUGUUUAUUUGCCAUUGUCAAUUCGUAAUUCCGUUGUUAUCGAAUAAGUGAAGUGAUUGGAACGUGAUAAACUAGUGGAAAUUGUAGAUAAUUAUUUUUCAGGUUAAGUUUUUCUGUAGAUUCAGUAAAAAAGUUGAGUGUAUUUUCCGAAAAUGUCAGCAAUAAUGAAGAGGGAAUUAUCCAAACAGAAGAAAAUGCUGCACCCAAACAGUCGAAAAAUUCUGGCAAUAGCCAAGAAGAGUAAAAAAGCGUUAAACAGAGAGAAUGCAAAGCAAACCGGUUCAAUGAAACAGAACUUGAUACGAGAAAAAAUGCUGUGGAUGCGUGAGCAUAUGGUGCCAGACGUGUGCCCUUACCCAGCAAGUCUGACUGGUGAAUUGCUCGAGAAGUACAUUGCGAGACACGACGAGGAGAUGGCCAAGAUUGUUGAGAGCAAACUGGGAAAGAAGAAUAGGAGUCACACGAGUCGAGAGGAUGUCCUGAGGAUGACGAAGGAGAGGGAGGUGGAGGAGUACAAUGGGGCUGGAAUAGAAAUUCCCAAUAUUCUGAAUUCUGCACAAUGCGAAAUGCUCAGACAGUGGGAUGGGGACCUUCGUUAUCUCCCGAAUUUCAGUUUUCGUCGAUUUGGGAAGAAACACGUGGCAACUGCAUAACUGGAGGUGAUUGAAUUAUUUUUUAUAUUAAUAAAAUUGUGUACAUACGACGAA